AUGAAUUCUAAAGACAAGAUAACAGCUCAAGAAAUGUAUAUAGAACUUAAAGAAGAAUUUUAUCACGAAGGAACAUUAAUUGUACUUGAGUUAUUCAAUGCUGAUGGCUCUUUCUCAAAUGGUGAACUUUGA